UCUGACCUUCCUCCUUCCCGCAGCCCCGGAGAGACGCGCGGCGGUCGCGCCAGCCUUCUCUUCCUUCUCCUCCUCCUCCCCCGGGAAGCCGGCCGGGCUUGAGGCUGGGCCGCCGCCGCCCGCUUUGCCACCCGCCCCGCUGAUGGUGUCCGGUGCUCUGGCGCCCAGCUUGUGAGCAGCAGGCCUGCUCACUGCAGAUCCACAACAGCACAGCUCGCUACAGUUUCACCAUGUCUGGCUCCUAUGAUGAGGCCUCAGAGGAGAUCACUGAUAGCUUCUGGGAGGUGGGGAACUACAAGAGGACGGUGAAGCGCAUCGACGAUGGGCACCGCCUGUGCAACGACCUCAUGAGCUGCGUGCAGGAACGCGCCAAGAUCGAGAAGGCAUACGCGCAGCAGCUCACCGACUGGGCCAAGCGCUGGCGCCAGCUCAUCGAGAAAGGUCCGCAGUAUGGCAGCUUGGAGCGGGCGUGGGGCGCCAUGAUGACAGAAGCAGAUAAGGUCAGCGAGUUGCACCAGGAGGUGAAGAACAGCCUGCUGAACGAGGACCUGGAGAAAGUCAAGAACUGGCAGAAGGAUGCCUAUCACAAGCAGAUCAUGGGUGGCUUCAAGGAGACGAAGGAGGCCGAGGAUGGCUUCCGAAAGGCCCAGAAGCCCUGGGCUAAGAAGAUGAAGGAGCUAGAGGCAGCCAAGAAGGCCUAUCACUUGGCUUGCAAGGAGGAGAAGCUAGCCAUGACCCGGGAGAUGAACAGUAAGACGGAGCAGUCGGUCACCCCUGAACAGCAGAAGAAACUUGUGGACAAAGUGGACAAAUGCAGACAGGAUGUGCAAAAGACUCAGGAGAAGUACGAGAAGGUGCUAGAAGACGUGGGCAAGACCACACCACAGUACAUGGAGGGCAUGGAGCAGGUGUUUGAGCAGUGUCAGCAGUUUGAGGAGAAGCGGCUGGUCUUCCUGAAGGAAGUCCUGCUGGAUAUCAAACGGCAUCUCAACCUAGCAGAGAACAGCAGCUACAUGCAUGUCUACCGAGAACUGGAGCAGGCCAUCCGGGGGGCCGAUGCCCAGGAGGACCUCAGGUGGUUCCGCAGCACCAGUGGCCCCGGGAUGCCCAUGAACUGGCCGCAGUUCGAGGAGUGGAACCCAGACCUCCCACACACUGCUGCCAAGAAGGAAAAGCAGCCUAAGAAGGCAGAGGGGGCCACCCUGAGCAAUGCCACUGGGGCUGUAGAAUCCACAUCCCAGGCUGGGGACCGCGGCAGUGUUAGCAGCUAUGACCGAGGCCAACCAUAUGCCACAGAGUGGUCAGACGAUGAGAGCGGAAACCCCUUCGGGGGGAACGAGGCCAAUGGUGGCGCCAACCCCUUCGAGGAUGAUGCCAAGGGAGUUCGUGUAAGGGCACUCUAUGACUACGACGGUCAGGAGCAGGAUGAGCUGAGCUUCAAGGCCGGAGACGAGCUCACCAAGCUUGGAGAGGAGGACGAACAGGGUUGGUGCCGCGGGCGGCUGGACAGCGGGCAGCUGGGCCUCUAUCCUGCCAACUACGUUGAGGCUAUAUAGCUACCUUGCCCACCCGACUCCUCUCCGUCCGCGUCCACCGCCUUCCACCCUUCCCCUCCCCCUCGCCAUAGAGUUCCAGACAUAUUUUCCGAUCAAGCUUUUAUUUUUUUAAAAGUCAAAACAGAACAAAAAAAAAAAGAAGAAGAAAUAUGAAGAGACAGCGUUUGCAGCCUACCUGGAGGCCAGGGGGGUGGGACUUAGGAUGAUGGCCUCCCCCACAGGGUGGGCAAGGAUCUUGGGACUUAACCCAAUGCCACAUCUGGUCUACAGAGUCCACCAAAGAGUCUCCUGAGUCUUAAGGGAGAUCUUCUGGAUCCUUUUGCCCUGUCUCGCGCUCUCCUGUCCCACCACAACUGCCAGCAGCUGCCCAUGUCACCUGAGCCUGGCUUCCUAAACUCUCCUGUCCCCCUUCAACACCCCCUUCUCUUAAAGGGCCCCCAAUCUUUAGUCUUCCACUCUGCCCUGGGGGUGCUCUUCUCUUCCCAGCCCCGUCCCAGUGAGGCUGGGGGAGAAGGCUGUGGAGGUUUCUGGAGUGGGGGUGGGGGCCUUUUCACUUCCCCAGACAUGAAGGCAGGUGAGCGGGAGGGAGUCAUGGCCUCCCUGGCAUACAGGAGAGGAAGAAGGAGAACAGACCAUCUGACCAGGCUGUGCCAACACUCCCAAUGCCAAGCCCAUCUUGAGGGCUGGGCCUGUGGGCAGAGGGCUCCUCUUCAGAGCCAAUGAGCAUCUUGUAGAGACCCUGUCUCCUGAGUCCUUGGCACUGGGCAAAGCCCAGGACCGAACCAGCAACAGUAGCAGCCUCCUCCCAUACCCUGGGGAGGAGGCAUUUGGCCACCCAUCCCCCUCCCUUCAUGGUCAUUCAGAAAUACCGCAGCCCGCCCCCCCCCCCCAUCACUGUGUCAGCAUCAGCCUUUGUGAGGCCAGUCUACAAGGCUCUCUCUCACCUGGCCAACCUAGGAGAUUCAGGGGCUCAGGGGGACCUCCAGCUUGGCACUGUAAGGGGAAGCCAGCAGCUCAGGCUGGCAUGAGGAAGGAAUUCUGGAUGGUCACUGUAUCUUUCUUCCUUGACCUUUUAGUCUCCAACAUCCCCUCUGAAUGCUGGCAGCAACCCCCCCCCACACACACACUCCCAUUUCUCUAAGUCUCCGUUAAAGGACUCUGGGGUGGGAGGGGACACAGGGCCCUUGUGGUUGGGAAGCAGGUGGCAGGCUCUCCCUUGGAGGGUGGGGUGGGAAACAAGACAGGUCAACUAAGACCUCCUACAGUGGAAAGUGGUCAGAGGCUGUUUCUCUGGACCCUUGGGAGCACAGAUCUGAGAAAGUCUCACAUUCGUGGCUGGUGUCCUCCUCGGGCCUACGGUCACCCCUGCCUUGUGAAUCAGGUGGCCUUUGGGCCUCUAGGGAAAGAACAGGAUCCCAACCACCACCAUGUUCUCUGGGACCCUUUAGCUCUCUGCUGCUUCUCCUGACACAGUCAGGUCAUGGACCCAAGCAUUGGGGCCCUGACCCCACCCCCACGCCCUUUCUCUUGACUAGGCUGCGGCAGGGGCUUCUGUUGGGUCAGGCCUCUCUCAGGGUCAGGAACAUGGCAUCCAAGAGACAGGGCUGUAAACACUUCCCUGUCACUGUUUGCCGGAAGCAGGAUGCAAACCUCCCCUUCUCCACAGCUCUCCCUGCCUCCCCAGAUGGCAGGCAUCCCUCAGCUCUUCACCCUCAACUCAGAAAGGCAAGAAGCCGCCAUGUCUGCACCUUGGGGCCUGGGCUCCCCCUCUCUGCGCCAGCGGCUUCCCAGCACCUGGGGAGGGGCUGUGGCCCUGACCUGACCCCAGGCCUACCCCAGACAGUAUACUAGCUGCCCACUCUGGGGCAGGAACUGGAAAAUCCAUCCCUUUUGAACAACCACCUUCAAUGAUCCCCCAUCUGGGACCAGACUUGGUCCUCAAGUUAUUCAGCACCCCCAGUGCAGGAGGGUCCUCCCCCCCUGGAAGUCCCCAGAGCCCGGAGUAGAGCCCUACCUGUGAUUCCUGGUGUCAGGGCACCUCAAACCUUGGGCUGGACCACAUCCCUCCCCUGCCGUGUCCACACCCCUACCUGUACUCCCCAGUGCUCCCCAGGGGCCCCUUGAUGCUGCACGGGACCCUGCAGGGCUCGGUCAGUGAUGUGUUUCUUCCCCAGUUAACCGCCAUCCUGCAACCUGGUUCCAGGAGGAGCCCAGGUCGCCCCACCACCCGCCGCCACUGCGUCUUCCGCCCUAGGCUUUCAGACAUCAUUAGUUCCGACACUUGUGAAACUCUGAGACGUGCUGUGGUCUCAGCAAUGCACCUGUUUUGUACAUGAUUGUGUAAUUUAAAGGUAUAUAAAUACAAAUAUAUAUAUAUUAUAUCUAUAUCUAUCAGUUGUGACCGUACGGCUGUCGAUAAAACCAGAAUUCUGUCACCCUG